AUACACAACUUUGCUAUCCAGCCCACACCCGACACGUUCAGUUUUUAUGUGGUAUUCAUGUGCCAUCACAUUCGCCCUAAAUCCGUUGACUCCUACCUUUCGGGGAUUUGCAGCAAACUGGAACCCUUUUUCCCUGAUGUCCGUACUGUCCGCCGUUCAUCCCUGGUAUCCCGUACACUUGAUGGUUGCAAGAAACUCAAGGCCAUCGCAACCGUCCGCAAACUGCCCCUCACACGCGCACAGCUUCGCUCCUCCCGCUACCACUACCACCUCUCCUCCUCGCAUGACAAUAAACUCUUCCUGGCCAUCUUGUUCACUGCAUUCAACGGCCUCUUGCGUAUUGGAGAACUCGUUUGGCCUGACCGUCAAUACCUUCAGGACUGGAGGAAGGUCAUCAUGCGACACUCGGUGAUGACCUACACGCGCGGGUACGAGUUCCUGCUACCCGCCCACAAAGCCGACCGUUUCUUUGAAGGCAACAAAGUCAUGAUCGAAUCGCGCCAAGGCGACGACGAUCCACUAUCUCUUUUCCUCGCCUAUCUCACCUCCCGCGACUCCUCUUUUCCUUUACUCCCCGCCCUUUGGCUCAGAUCCGACGGUUCCGUCCCCACUCGUCGUUGGUUCAUAUCCCACCUUCACUGUCAUUUUGGACCUCAGUUUUCUGGGCACUCGCUACGCUCCGGAGGCGCCACGGCUCUCGCUGCUGAAGGUGUACCUCCCGACCUCAUUCAA